AUGGCCGUCGAUUCUGAUGAAACUUCUCGAAAAAUGGACGAUCAGAAUCGGAUCAAGGAAACAGCCAUCGCAGGCCUCCAGAGCAUGGAAGCCCUCGUCCUCACCUCGGGCGCCAUGCAAUCUUCACGGGAAGGAUUCGUCUCUGUUCCUCACUGGCCGGCGGCGACCGCACCGUAUUCCCAACGGGCAGAACCGCUCGCUUCCUCGUCCAAGAAGAAGUGGCCCCAGCCGGCUCCGGCGGUAACGCACCGCUCCGGCGGCCGCUGCCAUUGCUCUAAGAAAAAGAAAAAUCGGGUGAGGAGAUCAAUCCGCGUGCCGGCGAUAAGCUCGAAGAUCGCCGACAUCCCCAACGACAACUACUCAUGGAGGAAGUACGGUCAGAAGCCGAUCAAGGGGUCCCCUCACCCUAGGGCCUACUACAAGUGCAGCAGCGUGCGGGGCUGCCCGGCGAGGAAGCAGUGUGAAACUUAG